AUGAGCUUCACGCCGCCCCCAGAGCCCCGCUCGCGCGCCCGCCGCGUCGCGACGGGGAACCCAGCGGCCGACCUCCUGGUCACCGAGGCGCAAACGCUGCUGACGCAACUGGCGGAGGAGGCCGUCAACCUAGCGCAGCUUGAGAAGAACCUCCACCAGGAGGCGCGCAACCUGCAGCACAGAGAACGUCGCCUGAACGUCCGCGAGUUCGACAUCCACCGCCGCGAGGACGAAGCCCUGCAGCGGAUCCGCACAAAGCGGGACGACGUCCUCACGCGCCUCUCUGCAGAGCGCCGGAAGGUCCGCGCCGCAGCGCACGCCCUGCGCGACCGCGAGGCCGCACUCGUCGCGCGCGAGGCCGCCGUCAAGGCCUGCGAGGCCCGCGCGCGCGCCGCCGGCGGGGACGCGCUGCGCACGCCAACGUCUGCGGGAUCCACGGGCGACAACGAGAGCAUGGACUCGGCGUCGUUUGGCUCUGCGUGCCGCGAGACGACGCCUGGACCCGCCGCGAGCGCUGCACCGGGCGUGCGCGCGGACGCGGAGGCGGCGACGCUCCGCGGCGACCUUGCCGCUGCACAGUCGGAGCUGCGGCGGCUGCGUGGGGGCGCGCCGGAGCACCAGCGGCGCGAGGAGGACCUGAACGACCGCGAGGAGAAGCUGCUUGAGCGCGAGCUGGCCUUCGACCGCCGCGACGAGGACCUGACGCAGCUGCUGAGUCAGGCAGUCAAGCGCGAGCGCGCGGUGGCGGACGCGGAGGCCACGCUGGCGGAGCGCGAGGCGCGCCUGAAGGCGCGCGAAGCGGACGUGGAGGCGCGCGAGGCGGCCGUGGAGGCGCGCGAGAGGGCGCAGAAGGCGGGGGCAGCGAAACAUGCGCGGGCCGUCAAGGCGCUGAAGGACGCGCGCGCGGAGGUGGAGGCACAGCGCGGCGUGGUGCGCGAGGCGGCGGGCAAGGUGCAGGCGAAGCUGUCGGAGGUGAUGUCGCGCGAGCGGGCCGUGACGGAGGCGUCGGCGGCGAUCGACGCGCGCAGGCAGGCGGUGGAUCGCGCGGCGCGGCGGACGGCGUCGCAGGAGGGCGCGGCAGCGACGCGUGACGCCGAGCUCGAGCGGAAGCGCGCGAGCAUCGCGGAGCGCGAGCGGCGGCUUGGCGCGCUGGAGGGCUCCCUGGCGGAGAAGGAGAGAGCGCUGCGGUCGCGCGAGAAGGACCUGGAGGAGCGCGAGGAGGUGCUGAGGGCGCGGGGACCCGCGGAGCAGCAGGGCGGCACGGGGCGCGUCGACCCUGUCGCGGAGGCCCGGGGGGAGCUGUCCAAAGCGCGGGACCUGCGCGCGGAGGCCGAGCGGCGCAUGCACGACGUGGAGAGACGGAAGCGCGAGAUCGACUCCCGCCAGCUCGACGUCUCCGCGCGUGAGAGCGAGGUGGCCGCGCGCGAGCGCGCCCUCGCGGACCGCGCGGAGCUUGCCGAGGCCCGCGAGCGCUCCGCGGCGGCGCGCGAGGCCGCGGCGGAGCGGCGGAUGCGUGAGGCUACCGACCGCGAGCGCGACGCCCUGCGAGCGUCCUGGGAGGCCUUCGGCCGCCACGCUGCCUCUGCCACCUCCUCCGGGGUCAGCUCGCUGCGCUCCAGCCUCGUCGGGAGGCUCGGAGCCGUCGCGGCGGGCGCCACGGCGGGGACGGCCCACGCGGCGUCGCAGUCGACGUCGACGGAGACCGAGACGCCGCGGCUGGCGAGCCAGAGCGGCGCCGUCGCUGCAGAGACGCUCCGGGCCGCUCUGAAGCAGCGGCUGGCGUCCCACGACGUCAACGCCGCGGCGGCGAGCGAUACGGAUCGGCUGAGGGACCCCGAGGAGUGCGCGGACCCGAACCCGUCCGUCGAGCGCGGGCUGGCAUCCGCGUCGCCAAAGAGCCUCUCCGGGAAAUCCGUGCUGUCGCUCGGGGACACGUCGGCGACGGGGAUGACGCCACGGACGCCGCUGGAGUGUGCGCGCUCGUCUCCCAUGCGCUCCUCGCCCGGGGCCCCCGCCGUGUCCAGCAGUGUCGAGGACCUCAUGCUGGCGGACCUGCGCGCGCUCGCUGCUGGCGGCGGGCCGCGCGAACGCAGCACGAGCAGGACACCGCCGCUGCCGCCGUCCGACCGCAGCCCGCUCAUCUCGCUGGACUCCAACAGGCGCCAGGGCGCGACGCCCAAGUCUUCCAUUGUGCGCUCAAGCGCGGGCACCAACAUGACGGACCAGAUAGAGAACCUCCUGCGCGAGCUGGGCGACACGGCCGCGUGCGGGCAGUGA